ACGUUCCUUUGGAGCUAGUGCUGGGCUCCCUGCUCCUGCCCCGGCUGCAGGCUGGAAGCAGCAUGCUGCUGCUGGCUCUCCUGGUGCUGGUGCUGCCGGGCCCCGCCGGGUGCCCCAGGACCGAGCCCCUGAGCGGGUCCAGCGACGAGCCCCUGUUCCGCGGCGCGGAUCGCUACGACUUCGCCGUCAUCGUCCCCGCUGGCACCACCGAGUGCUUCUGGCAGUUUGCACACCAGAGCGGCAGCUUCUUCUUCAGCUACGAGGUCCAGCGGGCGACGGGCUUCGCCAACAGCAGGAUCAUCCUGGCCACUGCGAGCGACCCCAACGGCUUCCAGAUCGGCGCUUCCCAGGACGUGCGAGGACAGAUCAACUUCCCCACCAGGGAGACAGGUUUCUACCAGCUGUGCCUGGACAACCAGCACAACCGCUUGGGCUUCAUGCAGGUGUACCUCAACUUUGGCGUCUACUACGAUGGCUUCAACGUGGAGAGGGAGCAGCCAGCAGAGAGGAGGCAGCUGAACGACACCGUGGAGGCCAUCGGGGUCAGCAUUCGCAAGCUGCAGCUCCACAUCUUCCACAUGUGGAGGUUCUACAACUUCGCCCGGAUGAGGAAAGGGGCCGACUCCUUCCUGCUCGAGUCCAACUACCACUACGUCAACUGCUGGUCGAUGGCGCAGAGCUGUGUCAUUGUCCUCUCGGGGGUCCUGCAGCUUUACUUCUUGAAGCGUCUCUUCAACGUGCAGGGCUCCAGCAAGCCGAGGUGCUGACU